AUGGCGAGUGAAGGUGGUAAGAAACUAACUGAAGAUGAUGCCUUAGCAUUUCUUAAGGCAGUCAAGGAUGUUUUCAAAGAUGAAGAGGAAAAUUUUAAUUACUUUAUGGAAAUAAUGAUUGAUUACAGAGAAAAAAGAAUUUAUUUCGAUGAUCUUAUGACGAAGGUGAAGGAGUUAUUUAAAGGACACGACGAUCUAAUUAUAGGAUUUAACAUCUUUGCACCAAGUGAUUAUCAAAUCCAAGUUUCACAAGAAGAAGAACAGCAACCUCAAAAUAGGAUUGUUGACGAAUAUCAAAUGACAACUCCAUUAGAAGAAGCAAAAGCUAUUGUUGCACAAUCUCCUCAUAUGAUGCUUGGUGGAGAUAAUCUCAAUGUGGCUCCAUCAAGGAAUGAACCAUGUCCAAUGAGAAAACUUGGUGGAUACGAAGAUGCUACAAAGUUUGUGAGCAAGAUUAAGACUCGGUUUGAAGGAGAUGGCCAUGCUUACAAGUCAUUUCUCAACAUCAUGAACAUGUUGGGUGAGGGGAAAAAACCUUACACCGAUACUUACCAUGAGGUUGUUGCACUUUUCGAAGGUCAUGCAGAUCUUCUUGAUGAGUUAAUUCAGUUUUUUCCCGGCACUUCAAAAGUAGAAGCGUCUACUCAAAAUAUAUGACAGCCCUUUUGUCAAGGACAGGACUUAUAUUAGAUUGUGAAGGUGCUCACAUUCAUAUGAAAAUUAGCUAGCUAAGGGAUAUAUCUCU